GGCCGGUGGUGGAAAUGCUGAGUGAGCUGAUUGUGUACGGCAUGGGCCACGCACCCUCCAGACGCAACACUGCUGAUAUCAUCAUGCCAACCAACGACUCUGCAGUUCUCGAGAGGCUCAAUAAGUGGCGGAACGUGGACGUGCAGGUGUGGGUGAAGAGCACAUUCGGUCGGGUGGCCUUUGAACCCCCCACCAACGCCAUCUCCUUCCAGAUGCUUCCGUACAGCCAGGCGUGGCACGCCAUGGCGCAUCGAGCCAUGGCCCGCCUGCCCCAACGGUACAUUGCGGUGCACUACCGCUCUGAGUUCAUCGCCUUCCACCUCCUGCACAAGCUAGUGCAACGAGGCUUCAAGGCGGAGGCAGGCGUGCUGGAGGCGCUGAUGGCGGGGUGCAUGGAGGCGGCGCGCGACGUGAUCAACGGCAUGAAGCGCCGCCACAACAUCUCGGCCGUCUUCAUCGCCGCUGACGUGCCGUUUGACGACCAGGCGGGCAGCGUGGUGCGGUCGGACUCGUGGAGGGAGACCACGUGGAAGUUCCAAGGCCAGGACAGGGUGCUGCAGGCCCCAAGGGAGAAGCUGCGAUGGUUGAGGGAGCAGGUGGCGGGCACAGUGAUGGUGGACGAGCUCUUGCCUGCUGUCAACCAGUAUGACCCCGGCAUUGUGGCCAUAUUGGACAAGCUGCUGUGCGCACAUGCACACGUGUUCCUGGCUGGGAGCAUCAUGUGUGGGGGAAGCCGUGGUUUUGAGGAGGACAUCACAACCCACAGGGUUCACUUCAACAAGACUAUCUUCCACAGAUGGGUCUUACAGACAGACAAGCUACUACAGCACACAAAUGCAAGCUCUGCAGCCUCUCCCGCACCUCUGCCAUGUCAGCAGCCUCUCCCGCACCUCUGCCAUGUCAGCAGCCUCUCCCGCACCUCUGCCAUGUCAGCAGCCUCUCCCGCACCUCUGCCAUGUCAGCAGCCUCUCCCGCAUCUCUGCCAUGUCAGCAGCCUCUCCCGCACCUCUGCCAUGUCAGCAGCCUCUCCCGCACCUCUGCCAUGUCAGCAGCCUCUCCCGCACCUCUGCCAUGUCAGCAGCCUCUCCCGCACCUCUGCCAUGUCAGCAGCCUCUCCCGCACCUCUGCCAUGUCAGCAGCCUCUCCCGCACCUCUGCCAUGUCAGCAGCCUCUCCCGCAUCUCUGCCAUGUCAGCAGCCUCUCCCGCACCUCUGCCAUGUCAGCAGCCUCUCCCGCACCUCUGCCAUGUCAGCAGCCUCUCCCGCACCUCUGCCAUGUCAGCAGCCUCUCCCGCACCUCUGCCAUGUCAGCAGCCUCUCCCGCACCUCUGCCAUGUCAGCAGCCUCUCCCGCAUCUCUGCCAUGUCAGCAGCCUCUCCCGCACCUCUGCCAUGUCAGCAGCCUCUCCCGCACCUCUGCCAUGUCAGCAGCCUCUCCCGCACCUCUGCCAUGUCAGCAGCCUCUCCCGCACCUCUGCCAUGUCAGCAGCCUCUCCCGCACCUCUGCCAUGUCAGCAGCCUCUCCCGCACCUCUGCCAUGUCAGCAGCCUCUCCCGCAUCUCUGCCAUGUCAGCAGCCUCUCCCGCACCUCUGCCAUGUCAGCAGCCUCUCCCGCACCUCUGCCAUGUCAGCAGCCUCUCCCGCACCUCUGCCAUGUCAGCAGCCUCUCCCGCAUCUCUGCCAUGUCAGCAGCCUCUCCCGCACCUCUGCCAUGUCAGCAGCCUCUCCCGCACCUCUGCCAUGUCAGCAGCCUCUCCCGCACCUCUGCCAUGUCAGCAGCCUCUCCCGCACCUCUGCCAUGUCAGCAGCCUCUCCCGCACCUCUGCCAUGUCAGCAGCCUCUCCCGCACCUCUGCCAUGUCAGCAGCCUCUCCCGCAUCUCUGCCAUGUCAGCAGCCUCUCCCGCACCUCUGCCAUGUCAGCAGCCUCUCCCGCAUCUCUGCCAUGUCAGCAGCCUCUCCCGCACCUCUGCCAUGUCAGCAGCAUCUCCCGUGCCGCUGUAG